GCCUAUAACAAUAUCUUCAUCAAAACAAUUUGUGUUUCUUCUUGCACAUACGAAAUUCAUUGAAUUUUUCUAGGUUUUCAGAAAUGGGCGUAUUAAUGAAAAUUGAAAUUGAAGUUGAUAUCAAGUCAUCUGGAGAUGUGUUUCAUGAAUUAUUUGGCAGCAAACCUCACCAUGUCUCCAACAUCACCCCUGACAAAGUUCAUAGUUGUGAAGUGCAUGAGGGUGAAUUUGGCAAGCCUGGCUCGGUUGUUUUUUGGCAUUACACAGUUGAUGGAGAAAGAUGUACAGCCAAAGCGGUAGUUGAAGCAAUAGAAGAGGAGAACAAGUUAGUGAAAUUCAAAAUCAUAGAAGGGUCACUUUUAAAAGAGUACAAAAGUUUCACGGUAACUCUUCAGGUGGUUGAUAGAGGUGAAAUUACUGCGGUUAAGUGGACAGUUGAAUUUGAGAAGUUUGACGACUACGGGCCUUACCCAGUUAAACUCAUGGACUUCAUAGUUGGAAUGACAAGAGAUAUUGAGGCCCAUCACCUCAAAGAAUGAUGAGCUUGUAAAAGGAAACUGUUCGUCUCUUAAUUCAUACUCCAACAUAUGUGUAGUGUCUAUAUUUGAAAUGGUGUGUCUCUUUAAUUUGUGUGUAAUAUGUUUUAUUUUAUGUUGUUAAGAUAUGAAAAAUGUAAUUUUAUGUUUCGUUUGGA